AUGGCGGGGUGCGCCUGCGCCAACGUGAAUGAGGAGUCGUACCUCACCUACACCAAAUUCCAGACCGGUCAGCCGAAGGUCCCUGGUGCUACGAUGUCUCGCGGCUCAACCAUCCAGGAGCUCAUGAAGGCAUGCAUCGACAAGCCUCGACUAGUCGCCGCCACCUCCGCAGCUUCUCAGCGCGAGGUCAUUCAGCGUGUUCUAGGGCUGUCAGAUGUAGACAAGUUCGACAUUGUCCUUUUCGAUGAGGCCUCGCAAGCUACUGAGGCGUCUUUGAUGCUCAUUUUGACCACGGAAUGGUUCCUCGACGUGGGCCUAGUAGUCUUGGGUGGCGACCAUCUCCAACUUCCGCCUGUCAUCAAGUCAAGGGUGAGAGCUUCUCCGGUAGCAUUCUCAACAUCUCGCUCCUUGAGCGUUUGA